CUCUCUCUCUCUCUCUCUCUCUCUCUCUCAGCAUGUUGUGGCCUGUGUGAUGUAAAUCCUUUCUCUUUAUAAACUGAAGAAACACUUCCUCAAACUUGAGGGAACAGAUUAGAGACAGAGGACAGACAUGAAGAGACAGAGAAAGAUAGACACAAGCAAACAGAUAUAGUCUGAAUAGUGAGAGUAAAAGAGAGAAAAACAAUAGAAAGGUUAUUUAGAAAGUGAGAGAGAGAGAAAAAAAAGAGAGAGAGAGAGAGAGAGAGAGAGAGAGAGAGAGAGAGAGAGAGAGAGAGAGAGAGGUGAUGACAAUGUGAGAGAAAGUCAUUCGUUAAAACAGAGAUUUAUUCCUCUUGUUCCUGGGAGGAAACUUUACCGCUCUGCAUCAUCCACACAAAUCACAGCUGUGGUUCUGGAGCUUGAGGUCCUACAGGCUGCAGGGUUGUUUGUGAGCAGUGCAGUUCCUGCACCAGCAGGUGAUGCCAGCAGGAUGCAGGAUGGGUUUGGUGCUUUGUGUAAUUUGUACUUUGAUGUGUUUUAGUGAAGGAUAAUGGAUGACAAAAUAAUAAUUCACUCAAUUCAUUUUCAGCAUUUUUAUAUUUUUCCUGCAUCUUCUUAAUCAUGUAUGUAGACAUACAACUCAGUGUGGAGGAUCGACAGGUUUGAACGCGCGAUACCACACCUUCACACUGAUGACUCAUACACACAUCCUCUGAUGCAGUGGUGUGUGUGUGUGUGUGUUUAGCCAUUGUGGGUUCGUCAUGUUGUUUUUUUUAAAGUGCUAUAUAAAUAAAUUUGAAUUGAACUUCUAUAGAAUUGAAUUGAAAUUCUAAAUUCUCUGCUGUCAGAAUCCUCCUGAGAUGUUGGUGAGGAACAAUUACAUUGUACCUUAAAGCCUUUUUACUGUAUGUUGUAUAACAUUAAAUCGAAUGUGCUUUGCUUUCACCCUCCACAGGCGUCUCUAAUGAUGGUGAACAAUACCACAGACUUAUCCUCCCCUAAUGAAAACUUAGUCCCCAUAGUUUCGUUCGUUCUUGGUGCCAUCAUCCUUGGCAUCGUCUUCCUUCUGGGUGUCCCAGGAAACCUCUUCAUCAUAUGGAGCAUCCUGGCACGUGCCCGUAAACGAUCAGUCACAACGCUGAUCAUCCUGAACCUGGCGUGUGCCGAUGGUGCCAUCAUGUGCCUGACUGUGUUCUUCAUUGUGUACCUGGCCAAACAGUCGUGGGUGUUCGGACGCUUCAUGUGCAAGCUGCUCUUCUAUCUGUGCAACACCAACAUGUAUGCCUCCAUCAUGCUCAUCACACUCAUGAGUGUGCAUCGGUUGGUGACCGUGCUGCGACCACAAGGCACUCGCUUCUUCAGGAGCAGGAGAAACAUGCUGAGCAUCCUCACCAUGCUCUGGGUGCUCGUCUUCAUGCUCGCCAUUCCUGCUCUGAUCUUCAGGGAUGUGAACAAGGAGAACAGCAAUGAAACGCUGCUCUGCUCGCACCAUCACAGUGAUAACAAAUAUGAGGCGUUCCACAUGAGCAUGGAGACGGUGGUGGGGUUCCUGCUCCCAUACGGCAUCAUCGUCAGCAGUUACGUGUGUAUUCUCCGUCAUCUGCGACAGACUCCCUUUAAGAGGCGAGUGCGCAGUGAGAAGCUCAUCCUCGCCAUCAUCAUCACUUUUGCUGCUUUCUGGCUGCCAUAUCACAUCAUCAACAUCAUGCAGGUGGUGUCUGCGUGUGCACCAAAGGAUUCUUAUCUGCAAACAAAUUUGAGAAACAUCUCGAGGACUUAUCGAGCCGCCACUUCCUCUCUGGCCUUCAUUAGCAGCUGCGCUAACCCGGUGCUGUACACCUUAGCGGGACGCUCUUAUAUCCGCACAGACGGACUGUCCUUCAUGGCCCGGCUGUUUGAGGGCACAGCGCUUGAGGUCAUCAGUGGAACACUCCGAAUUCAUCGCAAAGUGAGCAGAGCAGGAGCAGCCGUACUCACGCCCAGGAACUGUGACUCCUUAACAAAGAACACAGAGAUAAGCUAACGUACAAUAUAGAAAUAUUAUUUCUACAGAACUAAAUUCUAUUUAUUACAGGAGUUCAGUAGGAGAUGUAACACAGUGAUAUACAAUAAGACUGUUAUCCUUUUACACAUUUAUUUUCUCUUUAUCUCCUCUGACUGCUUCUGCGUCUCACUCCCUCUGUUUGGUUUAGUUUGGGUUUAAAAACUGUAUUAGAAACUUUUGAAACUGUUUAAGAUUCGAGUGUGAAAGUUUAGACUGAGUUUAAUGCUGAGACAUGAACACAGGACACAUGUACUGACGACUGAGUAAAUGUUUUUAACCUCAUUGUGUAAUAAAUCUUUUGUCUUACUCGUUUA